CGGAUUUCCCGGUCCAGGCCCAGCCCUUUAAAGUCAUGGCCCCAGCUUUCUGGCCCACUGUGCACUGAGGCUGUACGGAGCGCUGCGGGGACCCUGGGUGCCUGGCGGAGAGGCACAAGUGGGCUGUGACAGACAGGGGAAGGGAACGGAGCUCAGAGCGGCGAGCUGAGAUCCCCAGGGCCAGCCAGCUAACCAGGGGCAGAGCCAGGAUCCCAAUUCAGGUCAGUGUGGCCCCAGAGCCCUGAUGUUCUCUCCUCUGCAUCUCACCUGCCUGACAGGGGUCCUGGCUUCUCGAACCUCCAUUUUAACUGGAUUCCCCCCAGGGGGAGGGGCGGGGGAGGAAAUGGAUGGUCCCCGCCUCCUCCUCAUAAUCCCUCGAUGCGGAGGCCUUCCUCCUCCUAGGGAGCGGCUUAGAGAUGCUGCUGCUGCUGCUGUUCCUGCUGUUGCUGCUACUGCCUCCACUGGUGAUGCUCUGGUGGUGGCACUCCCAGGAUGCCAGGCUGUCCUGGCUUGUCCGCCUCCAGCACCGUGUGGCAUGGAGGGUCCUGUGCUGGGCAGCUGCCUGGCAGCAGAAGAGGCUGGAGCAGAGCACGCUGCACGCAGGCCAGAGUCAGCAGCAGGCCCUGAGAUGGUGUCUGCAGGGGGCCCAGGGUCCCUGCUGUCCCCUCAGGGGGAGCACAGAUAUAAGCACCUUCCGGAAUCAUCUCCCGCUGACCAAGGCCAGCCAGGUCCAGGAGGAAGAGGGUAGGGGGCAGGUCUUGCCCCCUACUUCAAACCAGUACUGUGGGGAGGCCUCUCUGCAGGCCACCUUGCUGGGUCUGGUAGCCCUAAACAAGGCCUAUCCAGAAGUGCUGGCUCCGGGAGGCACAGCCCGUGUGACGCCUUCCUCCCCUUGGCCCUACCCCCUCCCCUGGCCUUGGCAUGCCCUGGGCCAGGUGGGCCCUACCAGAGCCAAGGACCCUGGGGCUUUGCUGCUGGAGGCACUGAGGUCCCCAGGGCUGCGGGCACUGGAAGCCGGGACGGCGGUCGAGCUACUAGACGUCUUCGUGGGCCUGGAGGCCAAUGGCGAAGAGCUGGCUGAGGCGAUAGCUACUGGGAACCCAGGAGCGCCUCUCCCUGGACGGGCAGCUGAGCUGCGGGAGGCCCUGGAGCAGGGACCCCGAGGGCUGGCCCUUCGGCUCUGGCCCAAACUGCAGGUGGUGGUGACUCUGGAUGCAGGAGGCCAGGCCGAGGCCGUCACUGCCCUGGGGGCCUUGUGGUGCCAAGGAUUGGCCUUCUUCUCACCUGCUUACGCUGCCUCCGGAGGUCAGCAAGACUCAAGGGUAGUGAGGUGCCGCCUGGGUGACGUGGUCCAGGUGGUUGGUACCUACAAUCAGUGUCCAGUCGUCAGGUUCAUCCGCAGGCUGGGCCAGACCCUGAGUGUCCGAGGAGAAGACACUGGCGAGGACGUGUUCUCUGAGGCCCUGGGCCGGGCGGUGGGGCAGUGGCCGGGGGCCAAGCUGUUGGACCAUGGCUGUGUGGAGAGCAGCAUCCUGGAUUCCUCCGAGGGCUCUGCCCCCCACUAUGAAGUGUUUGUGGCACUGAAGGGGCUGAGGAACUUGUCAGAGGAAAAUCGAGACAAGCUUGACCACUGCCUCCAGGAAGCCUCUGCUCACUACAAGUCCCUGCGGUUCCGGGGCAGCGUGGGCCCUGCCCAAGUCCACCUGGUGGGGCAGGGGGCCUUCAGAGCACUGCGGGCAGCCCUUGCUGCCUGCCCCUCCUCCCCCUUCCCCCCAGAGAUGCCCCGGGUCCUCAGACACAGGGAGCUGGCCCAGAUUCUGCAGAGAAGGGUGGUGUCCUGAGCCGGGGCCCGCCGCCCGCCCCAGCCACCCGCUCAGGCUGCUUUGCUCGUUCCUCUGGAGCCACUCUGGAUGACCCUUGGCCAGGGUCUUUGUGUGCCCCCUGACAGCUGUCCAUCAGAGCCGCUGGGCCUUGCGGAGGCCUCACCUGUUCUGAGGAGUUGACUUCAGGGGUAGAGCAGACACUGGCAGCGCCCUGCCCGGAGCCCCCCAGGCCCACCCACCCCGGAGGACACCAGAGUUCCAAUCCAUGCUGAUGGCGCCUGCAUCUCUCAGCCCGAGCGCUGGGCAGGCAGGAAGUGUUGGGAGUUACUGCUCCCCGGAGUUCACAUCAAUCAGCAGGAACAGGAGUUGGUGAAUGCAGACCUCAGCUUCCCUGUCCCUCCGUGGGACAAUCCUGAAGUGUAUUCUGUACCUUCUCUCUCGGAGGGUCCCCACCAGCUGCCCACGGUGGUGACCCUCUCAUGAACACAGUUCUUAUUGGUCUUCCUCCUGUCCCUCCUGUCCCCACUGCUUUAUGUGCUUUCAAGGAUUGCCGCCCAAAUAAAACUCUUGCACCCAGA